AUGAGAUAUUCAGAGAAUGGUGAUCUUUUGGGGUACAUUCUGAAAAACGGGUGCGUCUCGGAGAAUCAGUCGCGGGUCUGGUUGCGUCAACUGGCUUUAGGACUGCAGUAUUUACACGAAUUGGAAAUCACGCAUAGAGAUAUAAAAUCGGAGAACGUUCUCUUAACGGCCAACUUUAAUGUGAAACUCUCCGAUUUCGGCUUUUCACGAUUCUGCAUCGACGAUGAAGAUCAGCCAAUUCUGAGUGAGACCUACUGUGGUUCUAUGUCGUACGCUGCGCCGGAGAUUUUGCGCGGCAAACCCUAUUUGCCAAAACCAACGGACCUGUGGUCAUUGGGAGUAGUACUUUUUGUUAUGCUGAAUAAGUCAAUGCCGUUUGAUGACACUCGUAUGAAAAAGUUAUAUGAGCAGCAAAUGGGAAAGAAGUACAGGUUCAGGUCACGCGUUGCAAGUGUACUAUCGCUGGAGUGCAAGUCGGUGGUUAAACACCUCCUAGAACCAGAUCCUGGACUCCGUUAUACGGCAAAUCAAGUUUUGAAGUCGGAAUGGAUUGCUAUGGACAGUAGGCUAAUUGAAUGGACACCGCAAGAAACACUGGCUUUCAAAAAGGCUAGAGAAGAGAGAAGUCACCUUCAGAAGAAGUUGGAAUCGGCGGAGUUGAUAAAAUUGGAGAGGGACACACUAUUUGAAGAUGAUUCGAAGAAUGAAACAGCGCCG